AUGUUAAUGAUGGAUAUCAGUAAAUCGAGAUUCUCAGAAACCUUCUGGAACUUUGACCUUUCUUAUUGUCUUUAUGAUUAAUAUUAAUAAAUAAGGGAUUUUCCUAAUAUAUAAAAAAUGAAUGAUCUAAAUAUAUCACACAAGAUUGGGAGUGGAGCCUUUAGUUAAGUCUACUUGGGUACUUACAAGAGUAUGCAAGUCGCAGUCAAGGUGCUGGAGAAAUCAGUUCCAUGUUAUUGUGAAUUAUUUAAUCGCGAAGUAGAAAUACUAGAGUAACUCUAACAUCCUAAUUUGGUGAAGUACAUCACGAGUUACGAAACAUUUGAAAAAUUAUACAUAGUGAUGGAUUAUGUUGAGGGUUCAAAUUUGACUGAAUUGAGCAAAUCCAAUCUAAGCGAAUAGAAGAUCAGAAGUAUAAUCAAGCAAUUGCUGAUUGUCUUAACGUAUUUGCACAAUAAGGACAUUACUCACAGAGAUAUAAAGCCUGAUAAUAUCUUGGUUGGUCUUGAUGGCAGAGUGAGAUUGAUAGAUUUUGGGUUGUCUCAACAAUCAGAAUCCAAAAUCUCAUACGACAAAUGUGGAACUCUCCUCUUCAUGGCUCCAGAGAUGAUAUUAAAAAUGCCAUAUCUUAAGAGUGUAGAUAUGUGGAGUAUAGGAAUUAUCCAAUAUCUUCUCUAUGAGAGAAAACAUCCCUUUCAUUAUGAGAACCUCGUUGAGAGCAUUUAGACUUAUAAUAUCAAUUUCUCUAUCAUGGACAAGUCCGCAUAAAACUUCUUUAGGAAAUGUGCUGCAGUCAAUCCUGAAGCCAGGAUGUCAGCUGAACAAGCCCUUAUGCAUCCUUGGAUCACUGGAGAAGGAGAUUUGGGAUAGCCCAUCACUAUUCACGAUAGAAUGGCUAUAUUCUAAAAUAAAUAAAAGUUAAUCUGCUUGAUAAAUGCUCUGUCCUUCAUCAAAUAUUGCACCUCCUUUGUUAAGGCUAUCAGAUUAAUCAUCCCCUUGAAUGAAGAAGUCCCACAAUAAGAAAUUACAGUAAGACAACCGAACUAAGAUGCCACUAACAGAAAAUCUACGUCAAGAAUAAAGUAAGCUAGAUCAACUAGUCAGCUUUUCUUUGAGACAAAUGUUGCUAGUCCACUAAAGAAAUAAUCUCCGUUUCGAAUAGUUCAGCCGAGGCAAUCUCAAACAAGACUACAGCAUUCGAAUUCUAUGCAACUUGCUCAAAUGGCUAAAAGGGGAUCUUUAAAUAAAUUACCGUAUUAUUCUAUUUUAUAAGGAUGUUAGCCCACUUAAUUCUAGCAAUUCCCCUAUAGAAAAGAGAAGAACUAAUAUCAGAUUGCGUUAACUUUGAUUCAUUAUACUUCCAUGGUCUCAGAUUAAUCUGGAUUAUUUUUAAAUUUCUGUUAAUUGUAUCAUCUCUUCUCUUAGGAAUCGAAUAAAAUGGAGUUUAGUAAAUUUGCUCUUAAGUUUACCUUUUUGGAAUUAUAAAAUUUUGGUACUUAUCGAAAGUAAUAAUUAAUAAAACUCCCUAUUGUGAGGAAAGACAAGUUUUAAUUAAUUUAUUUAAAUUUAAACAUGUAUAGAACAACUAAUUCAUCUUAUGGAAGUGGCGUUGUUACAAGAAAUAAAGAGCAGAUGAGUUAAAAGACUUAGGAUGUAGAUCCAAUACGGAUUGGGAUUGAAAAUAUCGGCAAUACUUGUUACAUAAACUCUAUGUUGCAAUGUUUAUUCAAUACUCCUGGCAUCAGUACAGCUAUGAAGUCGUACAAAGACAACAAAAACAGCUCUGAGUUGUUUAAACAAUUUUAUAAAAUAUGGUUUAGCAUUUAAGCAGGAAUAGAACCUGAACAUAAUGACAUAAUUCAAUUUAAAAAAUUGAUGAAUCAGCACAGAGAGUUUGACAAUUUCAAUCAACAAGAUUGCAUCGAAUUCUUCCAUGUUUUCUUGGAUAUUGUAAACACAGGCUUUCUCACAUAACCUUUCUUUGGUUAAUUGACUUAUUAAAUAAAUUGCUAAAAUUGUAAUAACUCUAGCAAAUAAACCGAAUAAUUUAUCAACUUAUCUAUCUACAUAGAGUAGGCAUGCAGAUUGAGUCAAUUGCUCUCUGACUAUUUCAAACCAGAGCAAUUGAACUCUCAGGAGAAGUGCAGGAAGUGUCAAAAGACGAGUCCAUUAAUGAGGAGAACGAAUUUGAGUGCACCUCCACUGGUCUUAGUAAUUUAGUUAAAAAGAUAUGAUUCAAGGUAAACCAGAUCUAAUAAUGCUAUUGAAAUAGAAUAAAGUCUUAUACUGAAAGGGUUUUGUGAUUAGAGUCCUUCGUAUAAAUUGUAUGCGGUCAUUAAUCAUUAAGGAUACAGCAUCUACAGUGGCCAUUACACGUGUUUGAUCAAGGCAGCCAACUGUUGGUAUUAUUUCAAUGAUCAAAGAGUUUCGGAGUACUCAAAUAAGGUGGUGGAUGAAGAACUGUAGAAAUCGCAGAAUUCCUAUGUAUUAUUUUAUCAGAGACAAUGA